AUGGCGUACGCUGCCGUGGUUUCGCUCGGGCAAACACUCGAUCUCGUCCUCAGUCCCAGUCGCGACAUCAUUCUACACGACGGCAGAGUGUUGAGUUCCCUCCGCGAAAAAGUUACGAUCUUGCAGGAUUUCAUGGAAAAAUCUGGGCAAUUGGGCGACGAAACCAAAACCCUGUCGGCGAAAAUCAGAGACGCAGCUUACGAAGUGGAAGAUAUGGUUGAAACGAAGGUAUAUCAGUUUAAAUCCCUAACCCCUUUUCGCAUACCACACUUCACGAUAAACUCGUACGCGAAAGCUCUUGUUUUUCUUCAGAUCAUGUUUCCCUUUUCCCGUGUGCACGAGCUUGGGAUGAGUCGUAUGGGACUGAUGUUCAAUUGGCCAUACAAUGGUCUGGAGAAAUUGUGCAAACAAUUCGACUCGAUUUUGGAGGAAGGGGCAAAAAAUCGGGAAAUUGAUGCACAAAAUGUGAAGUCUAGGGUUUAUCGUUCUUCCGGACAGAGUUCCAUGAUUAGUUUCAGUGAAAAUAAUGUUACGGCGGGUCUUGAUGAUGAUUUGCUGAGAAUAAAGGAUAGACUAACCGGAUUCAGUUCACGGCUCGAGAUCAUCCCGAUUGUGGGUAUGGGUGGCAUAGGCAAGACUACUCUAGCUCGGAAAGUUUAUACGGACCCACUCAUCGAGUACCAUUUUGAUGCCUGCGCGUGGAUAACGAUAUCUCAAACGUAUAAUUCCUAUGACAUUUUGGUAAAGCUUCUCGACUCUUUGGGGAAGCUCACGGAAAAUAUGCUUGAAAAGGGUGAUGGCGGUUUGGCCGAGUAUGUUUACAAAACUCUGAUUGGCCGAAGGUAUUUUAUUGUGAUGGAUGAUCUGUGGACCACAGAUUCUUGGGACGAAUUCAAAAGGUUCUUUCCUGAUAACAAUAAUGGUAGCCGGAUCAUUCUGACCACGAGGCUGGAGAGUGUGGCUCUUUAUGCCGGCUCUCAUGACCUUUUACACCGUAUGAACCUUCUUAGUGAUUUCGAGAGUUGGGUUUUGUUUCGUUCUAAGGUGUUUGGUGAGGGAGUUUCUCCCUAUGAGUUUUUGGACGUUGGGAUACGUAUCGCGUUUGGUUGCAAAGGGCUUCCUUUGGCAAUUGUUGUGAUAGCUGGGCUUCUGUCUAAAGUUGAAAGGACACUCGUGGAAUGGGAAAAGGUGGCUGAUAAUUUACGGGGUAGUGAUACCUGCUUAGAUAUAUUACUGUUGAGUUAUAAUAAUUUGCCGGAGCACCUAAAAGCGUGUUUCCUUUAUAUGGGAGCCUUUCCGGAAGAUAGUAAAAUCUCGAUCUCCAGAGUCGUCAAAUUAUGGGCUGCCGAGGGGUUUCUGAAGCAGAGUGGGAUGAGGACCUUAGAGGACGAGGCUCUCGAGUGCAUUUUGGAACUAGGCAAGAGAAAUCUAAUUUCUGUCUCUAGCAAGAGGGAGGGAAAAAGUUGCGGCUGUGUAAGUGUUAUCAGCAUUCACGAUCUUUUACGGGACUUGUCCAUUAGAGAAGCACGGAAGGAGAAAUUCCUUCAUAUUGUGACGAAUCAUGAUUGUGAUGAUAAUCCACUAUGUGAAAACCAAAUCCGCCGUAUAAAUGUCGAUAUGGAAAUUCCCACUGCGCAUCCCUUUUUCGAGUGCCUUAACCGUUACCAUUCGAGGCCGACCGUGCGUUCUCUUAUGUACUCAGGUGGGCAUCCGAUACCGUCUUUCAUGUUAGGCGGUUUCAAGCUACUCAGGGUUUUGGACAUUGCUCGGGUUCAAUAUUUUGAGUUCCCGACAGGAAUAGUUGGGCUGUGUAACUUGAGAUAUCUUGCGCUCUCAUAUCAUGGGGAUAUUCCCGAAUCAAUUUCCAAACUCUGUAACCUUCAAUGUUUGCUGCUAUUCCCUCUGUUAAAACCCUUUGCUCCUUGCCCGAGGCCUUUGCCGUUGGCCAUUUGGUCAAUGCAAGGAUUAAGGCAUCUCAGGUUCCACAUUUGGUAUCUGGCGGACUUCCCUAGCCUGCUACCCGGGUGGAAAACAUGCCCUUUUCUCGAAAACCUGCAAACACUCUCGGAAGUAAGUGUUUCUUUUUGCAAGAAGGAAGUCCUCCGAGAAAUCCCGAAUUUGAAAAAAUUAGGCAUCUGGAUGGAAAAAUGGGAUGUGGCGCCUUUCUAUAUUAACAAUCUCGCCUGUCUGGAAAAACUCGAAACAUUGAAUUGCAGUGUUAGGUCUUUUCCUGACCGAGAAGCUCUAAACUGGCCGAUUUACGAUUAUACCCCGAGCCUUGCCUUUCCCGUGGGACUUAAAGAGUUGACUCUGAGAGGCUGCAGAAUUCCUUGGAAAGAUAUGUCUAUAGUAGGAUGCUUGCCGAGCCUUGAGAGGCUUAAACUGAGAGAUUAUGCUUUUGUCGGGCCAGAGUGGGAACUGGUCGAAGGUCAUUUUAGUAACUUAAGUUUUUUGUUCCUUGAAGGAUUGGAUUUAGUGCACUGGAGGGCGGAUAGUGUUCACUUCCCAUUGCUUAGACACCUUAUUAUCGAGAACUGCCGUAAACUGGACUCCAUCCCUCACGGCAUUGGAGAUGUGUCGACACUCGAAAUGAUUGAGCUGGAUAACUCGAGCCCUUCUGCUGUGAUUUCUUUGAAGGAAAUUUUAGAAGAACAACAGGACUUGGGAAAUGAUAUCCUUAGUAUUCACACUUAUCCGGUUGGGACUAAUUUCCUAUGA